AUGGACUCCUUCAGCACCAAGAGUCUGGCGCUGCAGGCUCAGAAGAAGCUCAUGAGUAAGAUGGCCACCAAGAGCAUGGCCAGCAUGUUCAUCGACGACACCAGCAACGAGGUCCUGGACGAGCUCUAUCGCGUCACCAAGGAGUACACACACAACCGCAAGGAGGCGCAGAAAAUCAUCAAAAACCUCAUCAAGAUGGUGGUGAAGCUGGGAGUGCUCUACCGAAACAACCAAUUCAACCACGAAGAACUGAUCCUGGUGGAGAACUUCAGAAAAAAGGUGCACACUCUGGCCAUGACUGCGGUCAGCUUCCACCAGAUCGAGUUCACCUUUGACCGGCGUGUGAUGAGCGCCAUCUUGAACGACUGUCGCGACCUGCUGCACCAGGCCAUCAAGAGGCACCUCACGGCCAAGAGCCACUCGCGCAUCAACCACGUCUUCAACCACUUCUCGGACUCUGACUUCCUGGCCGCACUGUACGGCCCCUCCGAGGUUUACCGCGGUUACCUGCAACGAAUCUGCAAUGGCGUCAACAAGAUGCUCGACGAGGGAAAUCUCUGA